AGAUCAGGGCCAAAUAUUGUCCCAUCGUCUCCCGCAAUCGCAACUCGCAAUCGCCAGUAGAAUUCGGACGAACGAACCUCCAAGCUCUUUCGCAUCUUCUCCAUCGCCGACCAACUCCGGAUACGAACCUCGAAGCUUCUCCGGCGAUCCUCGUUAAGUAAUUCCCUUACCCGAUGCACAAUUCGUCUUCUUCCGGCCCUCCGGCAAAACCAAGGGUAGGGACGUCUCAGGCGUCGGAAGCUUCUCUCAAGCGCAAGCGUGGUGUAUUUCAGAAAGAUUUGCAACACAUGAUGUAUGGCUUUGGAGAUGAUGCAAAUCCUCUUCCAGAAACUGUUUCUUUGGUGGAGGACAUUGUUACAGAAUACAUCACUGAUAUGGUUCAUAAAGCACAAAACAUUGCAACGAAGAGAGGAAGGUUGUUGACUGAAGAUUUCUUGUAUCUCGUUCGGAAGGAUCCACCAAAGCUCCGUCGGUCGUCUGAACUGUUGGCCAUGCACGAAGAACUUAAACUGGCAAGGAAAGCCUUCGAUGUAAACGAAGAUUCUCUAGCAAAUGCUGAGUGAAGGUUUUGAGUUAUACUCGGUUUGAUCAUCGAUUGCAACAUAAUAAUCCCAAGUGAUGACAUGGAUAUUUUGAUCGUAGUUAGGGGGGGUAAACAAGUCGAUUCAAAUUUUGGAGUGUUCAAAUUUGUUUGAUAAAGUAAUCGAGUCAAACUGAGCCUAAAAUGAAUUAAGCUAUUGAAAUAUUGUUUAAGUUUGACUUGAUUUAUUUUUUAUGAGCUUCA